AGCGGCGCGGAGGAGGAGGCGGGAGCAGCAGCAGCGGCGGCGGCGGCGGCGGCAGCAGCAGAGGCAGGAGGAGGAGGAGGAGGAGGAGAACGAGCAAGGCAGCCGGGAGGGAGGGAGCGCCGAGCAGAAGACGAGCAGAGCGAAUUCUCCACCGUCCUCUAGUACCCAGCAAGCGGCGGCAGCGGCAGCGGCUAGGAAUAGAUAGGUAGAAAUAUCAAAACCGCCCCGCUCCUGCACCAUGGUUCUGCGAAGUAGGCUCCCUUCUUGGAUUAUUUUGUGCUCCGUCUGGCUGUUCCGCUUUGCACACACGGGGGAGGCACAGGCUGCGAAAGAAGUAAUAUUGCUGGACUCUAAAGCACAACAGACAGAGUUGGAAUGGAUUUCCUCUCCUCCCAACGGGUGGGAAGAAAUUAGUGGACUGGAUGAAAACUACACUCCUAUACGAACAUACCAGGUAUGCCAGGUCAUGGAAUCAAACCAAAACAACUGGCUUCGGACUAACUGGAUUGCAAAAAGCAAUGCACAAAGGAUUUUUGUAGAACUGAAAUUCACUCUGAGGGAUUGUAACAGUCUUCCUGGAGUUCUGGGAACUUGUAAAGAAACUUUUAACUUGUAUUAUUAUGAAACAGACUACGACACUGGCAGGAAUAUCCGAGAAAACCAAUAUGUAAAAAUAGACACUAUUGCAGCAGAUGAAAGUUUUACCCAGGGUGAUCUGGGGGAAAGGAAAAUGAAACUUAACACAGAGGUGAGAGAAAUUGGACCUUUGUCCAAAAAAGGAUUCUAUCUUGCAUUUCAGGAUGUAGGGGCCUGCAUUGCUUUGGUCUCUGUCAAAGUCUACUACAAGAAGUGCUGGUCCAUCAUUGAGAACUUAGCUAUUUUUCCUGACACAGUGACUGGUUCAGAGUUUUCCUCUUUAGUUGAAGUACGAGGAACUUGCGUCAGCAGUGCAGAGGAGGAGGCUGAGAACUCUCCGAAGAUGCACUGUAGUGCAGAGGGAGAAUGGUUAGUGCCUAUUGGAAAGUGUAUCUGCAAAUCAGGAUACCAGCAGAAAGGAGACACGUGUGAACCUUGUGGCCGUGGGUUCUACAAAUCAUCUUCACAAGAUCUGCAGUGCUCCCGCUGCCCUACUCACAGCUUUUCUGACAAGGAAGGAUCUUCAAGAUGCGACUGUGAAGAUAGCUAUUACAGAGCACCUUCUGAUCCACCAUAUGUCGCAUGCACAAGACCUCCAUCUGCACCACAGAACCUCAUUUUCAAUAUCAACCAGACUACUGUGAGUUUGGAGUGGAGUCCUCCUGCUGACAACGGGGGAAGAAAUGAUGUGACCUACCGCAUUUUGUGCAAGAGGUGCAGCUGGGAGCAGGGUGAAUGUGUUCCCUGUGGAAGUAACAUUGGAUAUAUGCCCCAGCAAACUGGAUUAGUAGAUAAUUAUGUCACUGUCAUGGACCUGCUAGCUCAUGCUAACUACACAUUUGAAGUCGAAGCUGUGAAUGGUGUUUCUGACUUAAGUCGUUCCCAGAGGCUUUUUGCAGCUGUCAGUAUUACCACUGGUCAAGCAGCUCCCUCACAAGUUAGUGGAGUAAUGAAAGAGAGAGUGCUGCAGAGAAGCGUGGAGCUUUCCUGGCAGGAACCAGAACAUCCCAAUGGAGUCAUUACUGAAUAUGAAAUCAAGUAUUAUGAGAAAGAUCAAAGGGAGAGAACCUAUUCAACAGUAAAAACAAAGUCCACUUCAGCUUCUAUUAAUAACCUAAAGCCAGGAACAGUGUAUGUUUUCCAGAUUCGUGCUUUUACUGCUGCUGGUUAUGGAAAUUAUAGCCCUAGACUGGAUGUUGCCACACUAGAAGAAGCCACAGCCACGGCUGUUUCCAGUGAACAGAAUCCUGUUAUUAUCAUAGCUGUGGUUGCUGUAGCAGGAACCAUCAUUCUGGUCUUCAUGGUGUUUGGAUUCAUCAUUGGGCGAAGGCAUUGCGGCUAUAGCAAAGCUGAUCAAGAGGGGGAUGAAGAGCUUUACUUUCAUUUUAAAUUUCCAGGCACCAAAACCUACAUUGACCCUGAAACCUACGAGGACCCAAAUAGAGCUGUCCAUCAAUUCGCCAAGGAGCUAGAUGCCUCUUGUAUUAAAAUUGAGCGUGUGAUUGGUGCAGGAGAGUUUGGUGAAGUGUGCAGUGGGCGUCUAAAGCUUCCUGGCAAGAGAGAUGUUGCAGUAGCCAUAAAAACUCUGAAGGUUGGCUACACUGAAAAGCAGAGGAGAGAUUUCCUGUGUGAAGCAAGCAUCAUGGGACAAUUUGAUCACCCCAAUGUUGUUCACUUAGAAGGGGUCGUUACCAGAGGGAAACCAGUCAUGAUUGUAAUAGAAUACAUGGAAAAUGGGGCCUUAGAUGCAUUUCUUAGGAAACAUGACGGGCAAUUUACAGUCAUUCAGCUGGUGGGAAUGCUGAGAGGAAUUGCUGCUGGAAUGAGAUAUUUGGCUGAUAUGGGAUAUGUACACAGGGAUCUUGCAGCACGCAAUAUUCUUGUCAACAGCAACCUUGUUUGUAAAGUGUCAGACUUUGGUCUUUCCAGAGUUGUAGAAGAUGAUCCAGAGGCUGUCUACACUACUACUGGUGGAAAAAUUCCAGUGAGAUGGACAGCUCCAGAGGCAAUCCAGUACCGCAAAUUUACAUCAGCCAGUGAUGUAUGGAGUUAUGGAAUAGUUAUGUGGGAAGUAAUGUCUUAUGGAGAACGGCCUUACUGGGACAUGUCAAAUCAAGAUGUUAUAAAAGCAAUUGAAGAAGGCUAUCGUUUGCCAGCACCCAUGGAUUGCCCAGCAGGAUUACACCAGCUGAUGCUAGACUGUUGGCAGAAAGAACGUGGUGAAAGGCCAAAGUUUGAGCAGAUAGUUGGUAUUCUGGACAAAAUGAUUAGGAACCCAAACAGCUUGAAAACCCCUCUGGGAACGUGUAGCAGACCAAUUAGCCCUCUUCUGGACCAGAACACUCCCGAUUUUACCACUUUCUGCUCCGUAGGCGAAUGGUUACAAGCUAUUAAGAUGGAAAGAUAUAAGGAUAAUUUCACAGCAGCAGGCUACAACUCUCUUGAAUCAGUUGCCAGGAUGACUAUUGAGGAUGUGAUGAGUUUAGGGAUCACGUUGGUUGGUCAUCAAAAGAAAAUCAUGAGCAGCAUUCAGACUAUGAGAGCACAAAUGCUACAUUUACACGGCACUGGCAUCCAAGUGUGAUAGACAUUUCUCCCUUAUGAGGGAGGUGACAGACUGAGAGAACAGCACUGGCCUUCAGUAUAUAUGAAGUGCUACUAGAAGACACUUGAUUUCCUGGGUCCUUCCUGCAGUGAAUAGAAGAGCUACAAGAAGCACCUACAGACUUGAACUCCUAAGUGCCACCAGAAUUUAUGAAAAGGGAAUUAGGAUCCACCAGUGGUGGCAAGGAAAACAGCAGUGACAAUAAACAAAGUACUACCUGAAUAAACAUACAAACACCUUGAGCUCUCUAACCUCCUUUUUAUCUAAUAGACUUUUUAAAUGUACAUAAAAAUUUAAAAAAGAAUAUAUUUGUCAGAUAAAAUCAUGAUAUUGUUGAAUUCAACAAAAUAUUUUCCUUAAAUCUGUGAUUUCUGAAUCUUUUUUUAAUCAUUUGUGUUUAUUCUUCAUAAAGACUUUCUUUUAGUAUGAUGUUUAUAUCUUUGGACCUUUUUAGUGCUAAUUCUAUGACACAUUACUACACUGGGUACCUCUGAAGGAUUAUUUGAAUUCAUAGAUAUUUAAGAAGCAUGACCAAGCAAUGUAUAUCUGUCCAAACUUUGGUAUCCUUUUGUGCCAUUUACUUUUGUUAAAUCAACACCGUAUCGACAUGGCUAGCUAAUUGGCAGGGAGUCAGGAAAAUGCAAGUUGCCAAGAGCUCUGAUAUUUUUUACAGAAUUUUUUAAGGUUACACAUAUACUAUCUUUUAAAAGAAAAUAAAAGACAAAAAAAAUAUAUAAAAAAAUAAAAAGAAAGAAAAGCAAUAAUGACCCCUAAGUAGUUCUAGGCACUUUUAGCAAAUUGUUUGCAAGAUGAUUUUAAUGGACUAGAGUUAAAGUGAAAUAUAUUCUAAGAUGUAGAUGUACAACUGUAAACCUGCUGAGGCACUACAUUGAAUGGACAAGUGAUUGUAGGAGUGUCUCAGAACAUGGAUGCAGUUCUCCAGUGUUACCUAAACCAUGUAAUCUGAGCACAUCACAUUUUUCUUCAAUGCUCUGCAUUAGCAAAUUGAAAGAAAUAGCUGGCAUAUAUUUUAUAUUAGUUUAAGUUGAAUUCAGUCCAACUGUGAGAAUAAGGACAGAGAUUUUAUAUUAGAACCAUAGAGCAUGAAGCAAGGGGCAGUUCAGAAUUUUCAUGUUUUUUACAGGCUUUUGCUGCUCUGAACAAAUAUGUGUGUGCUCACACAGACACAACGGUCAUUCAUCAGGAACACAGAUGCAAGAGUAUUUGCUCAAUGGAAUAUCUUUGUAUGCCAUUUACUUAUAUAUGUAUUUUGUUAGAUUAACCAUAAGCAAUAACAAAGCAUGUCUUUACAGAUAUUGCAGGAAUGUAUAUGAAGCAGAGAGAAAUGCUUUAAAAAAAUUUGAAAAUUGUGAACUACCCCAACAGUGAAAUGCUGUACUUCCAAAGAGAAUUGGGCUGCUUCUAUUGAUUUUGAUAGCGAAAGAUCCCAGGGAUCAGUCAUAAAUUGGACUUGUUUGAUAAUGUGGGCAUCCACACAAAAAAAAUAAAAACAAAAGAAAAACCCUGUAAAUGUUCCUUUGUAAAACUUGUAAAUUUUAUUUAUACUGUCUUGGUUUGUACACACAUUUAAGUGUAGUGAGCUCUGAAUACAUUGAAAAUGCACUAUAUUUUUCUAUUUUACUUGCAGAGCAUCACAAACAAACAUAUAUAUUCAGUGAUACAUAAUGUGUUUUCCCACAUUUAGGACCAAAGAUAGUUAUCAAAAACUUAAACACAUCAUUUUCCCCCCUCCUUUUUUGAACCGCUUUUUAAAUCACUGUACAGUUAUAUUUGUCAUUUUAUUUAUUUGUUUCAUUAGAAAAAACAGUUUGGUUACACCAAUUUUUGUCCCCUCACCUUUGUUGAACAAAAUCUGUAAAAAGCUUUUAAUUAGCAUAAUCCCGUUACAUUGACACUUCCAUUUGUAAUCUUUGUAAUAGACUGUAAAUAUAUUUUUGGAACUAUAAUGCAAUGUGCAUAAGGGUUAUUUUUCAGUGUCCAUAUAUGAUUGUUUAUACAAUUCACAGCACUUUACAGUCAUGCUGAGAAGCCUAAUUUAUUGCCUGGAUUUGGGCAGAGUAAGAAAAUAAGGUGAUUAUUCUUAUUUCAUAUUAGAUUGUCAGUCAGUAGAAAUUGAGUUAUUUUCUGUAUGUGGCUCAAGAUGGUUUUUAGCUAUUAAAAUUAAUUUUCAAAAAUGCUAUAGAAAUAAGAUGCAGAGUAGACUGCACACCCAACAUUGAAAUUAGUGCAUGCAAGCACUCAGCUAACAUACUUCCAGUAGCCAUUGGAACACUAGUAAUUAAUAAGCAUCCAUUUUGUGUUAUAACUAAUGCUAAGUGCCUCACUACUGGGGUGAGCAUCUGUGAGCAACUCCACAGGGUGCUUGUCAGUUUUGCUGCUGCUUUAGGCACCUAACUAUGAAUUUAGGAGUCUACGUUCAGACACCUGCUUCCUUACAAACUUUGGCUAUUGUUCCUAAGGGCUUGGCGAUUCCAGGUACAAUACAGCAAUGCUGGUAUUGCUGAGAACCCACAGACCCUAAAUGCAACAGAGUUGAGGCCAGGCUUCACCUUGAGGACCUGCUCAAUGUUCUGAAGCACAGAGGCCUCAAAGCAUGUGUGGUGACCUAGGCUCACACAUGUAAAAGUGAGAGCCCUAAUUUUAUUUCUUCCUUAUUUUUCCUUGUUUGAUUUAAGCCAUCUUCUUUGAAUAGUAAAUAUAUUUUAUCAUUCAUCUAUAUACCUUGAUUGCCUUAAUGUUGCCACAGUUUCUUACACAUUUGAAAGUGGUAGAGUAGAAAAGAAAGCACAAUCAAUACCGAUAUCCGUAUUGUAUCUAUCUAUUCAGAACAUUACUGCAGUUUAGAUCACAUGCAUGAUUUAUAUUUGGUAGAGCAGUAACAUUGACGUUGGUUUUAGUUCUCCAGAUUCCAGAAAAACAUAAUCCAAUGUAACAAAAAAAAAGUGCCAGAGAAAGUUGGUGUUCAUGAGAGGAACUGAAGAAAGAGUUGGGAGAAAGAAUUAAAAGCUAAAUGAUGUAACAAAGAAAUGAGCUCAGUUUUGGAAAGAAAUGAGCUUAAUUCCAUUGAACUUAGGAAUUAUGCAACACUAGAGAAGACAAUAUCAGGCUGUCAGUGAGGUUAAUCUUUCUUGACUUUAUCCAUCUAAAGCAUCUAAAAGAGAGAUGCCUAAAACAAGCAGAAUGAAUCUCCCUCUGGGAAUACUUAUCUCCAUUACCUGUAGAGGGAACCCAGAUGAUUAGCUUAGUUUAGGCAUCUGAUGUCUAGAUAUUUAAAACCAGAUGAUUCCUAUUCUAUAUGUUCUUGGCUGCUACAGUUCCCCCCAAGCUGAGUGUCAUAAAAAGACAGCUCUUCCGCUACUGGUACCUCCCAGAAUGUAUUUAAACUGGGCUUUAUCACAAAGAGAGGUUUUGUUGUUAUUAUUUUGUGUGUGUGUGUGUGUGUGUGUGUGUGUGUGUGUGUGUCUGGCUUUUUUUUUUUUCCUUCACGGUUUUGUAACAGAUCAUCUAAACGCUUUUUGUAUAUGGGUAUUAAUUCUUGAUACAUUUUGUGAUUGUUCUGAGGAAGACCUGCCUAGUAAAUUACAGUUAUUGAAUAUUUUAAGUAAUCAGAAAUAUUUGCUGACAUACUGCUUCAGUCCAGAGGUUAUGUGAUCAGAUAUGAUGGUUGCUGUUUGCAAAACCAUGUUUAUCUAAAGCCUUGUCAUGUAAAAAUCUCCAGGAGGCAAAGAUGCUUAAAUGUGUCUAAAAUUGAAUGUUGCCCUUAAUAUCUCAAUAAUUGAGCUCUGUCUGUAUUAUUCUCCAUUUAAAAUGAGUUUUUAAUAUUUGUUUAAACUGGAGUCGUCUGGCAUCCACUGAGGGAGUCUGAAAAAUUAUUUUAAAUUAAAUUUGCUUUUCUCCACUGAUCGUAAUAUACGGUAAAUAGUUUCCACUGUUUUGAAUGUUUCAAAAACUAUUGCUUUAAUGUGGGGGAUGAAGGGGUCUAUUUUUGUUUUGUUGUUGGUAUUUUUUUACAUUUAUGGGUUAGUAGUUGAAAUAAAAAUAAUAAUAAUAAUUUGUCCUUAACUUUCUAAAUAAUUCGUAUGUAGCAAUUUUAAGAAUGAUUUAAAUUCUGUCACUUUUGGGUUACUACCAAGAUAGUGAUUGUGUCACUACAGCCAUAAUGCCAAGUGAUACUGAGACACAGUUACAGGUUCAGCUGGCACUCUGUUGCCGAGUAUUGACAUGAAGCAGUCCACUGGUUGUGUGGGAAGCGUGAAGGUCAACUCAGUCAAAAAGGGUCAUUCCACCUUCAUAUAUAUAUAUGUGUAAUAUUGGAGCUAACAUUUACGUCCAUAAUUCAUUAUAUCCCUGCAUACAGUUAUAUAAUGACUUGUUCAACAUUUGUUUGGUGGUGGGGUUUUGUUUUGUUUUGUUUUGUUGAUUUUGGACAACUAUCAUUUGUGCUGUUUCUGGAAGUUCCCAGAUAGAAUGGUUAAGAAAAGUAAAAUAAAAAUUCUUGCCUAACAGUAAUUGUGACAGCUGGUGCUGCAGGACUAUUCAGACAGUUGGAACAGUGAUUUUUAGAUAGCUGAGGUACUAUCAAAAUGGGAUUUAUGCAGGACCUGUUAGGAUUGUACAAUAUGAAUUUACUAAUAUGUAGAAAUGAGUAUUAUUUUUUCCCGACUAACUUUGAAUGGAAUUCAAGGUGAUUAAUUUGAGAUUCAAAAAAAAAAAAUGCUCAAAAGUUCAACCUAUCCAACAAUUGUUUUUAAAAAGUGAUCUUUAUUAUUUUCAUAGUGCAGCCUUCUGUUUACUUGUCAAUAGGUGGUCCUGUAAUUAGUUAAAUUUCCUGCAAAAAGGAUGGGGUGGGGAAGGGUGGAGGGGGAAGAAUACAAAUAUUUUAUUUAUUUAUUUUAAAAACUUUUCUGGAUUAGGUUUUGCAAGAUUUUUAAGUUAAGAUAAUCAACACACAUUUAGAGUAAAGCCUAUUGAGACAACCCAAGGAACAAAAUUAGUGUGUCUACAAUAUCCAUAGAAUUCUGAACACACAUUUAGGAUGGGAAAGGGUCAAGCAGUUUGGGAGAGAAAGGAACCAUUUGGUGUUUAUAUGCUGUAGACACCAUGUAUGUUAUGUCCAGCAAGAUUAUGAAAGAUGAAAGGAAUAAUUUGGAGUUUAUAUGCUGUAUAUUAUUUCCAAUGAUAUUAUGAAAGGUUAAAGGCUUAAGAGGAAAAUGCUAUGUUCACUUUUGUUCUUGGUGAAAAGUCAGAAGACAGGAGUGAAUGGGAAGAGAAAGCUGUGAAGCCAUUCAGCAUGUCUAAACUGUAGGGUUCUGUAAGACAUGAUGGGAAUGGAGUUGAGGAGUGCUGAGAUUUUUGUUUAAGUAAAGAGAUGCUGUUAAUAAAAUAUACCUAAUAAUCUAGGGUGGAGUGGUUUCAGUAUUCUGAUUUUUCCUCAGGCCAGAUUGGAAUUUGUCAAAGAGACUAAAUUGAGACAGAUGGGAAAGCAACUGGUAAUAUGCAGCUCAUUCAAGCAGACUUGAAAGAGACAUGAAAGGAGAAAUUUACAUUAAAAGCCUGUAAAUAAAACAUAAAAUGAUGAUAUUUACUCUCAGUAUGUUUUAGAAUAGUUUUCUUUAAAUCUAGGGUAAUGACAGCAGAUUUUAGCACUGAUACUAUAAAAUUGGGUGAAAUUAUUGUUUGAUUAGUGCCCAAAAAAAGAACCACAAGUCAAAAAAUAGUUGAUGUCUUGAUAGCCUAUGAAAAAAGAUGAGAUACAACCAAGCGAAACUUGCAUAGCCAGCCAAAUGAAUCUUGGACAAAACAAGACAUAAUUCCUAGUGCCAGAAUAGCUAAAUCAGGAACAGGAAAACUAUUCAUCCACGGAUCAAAGCUUCUGUAUUUAAUUGAACCAAAUAAUGAAUUGUAGAACUGUGCUGCUAAUAAUAAUUAAUACCAAUAAUGAAAAACUACAACUUAGAGUUCAUCUGAUGAAUUGUAAUAUGGACAGCAUUGAAAAACACACUAAAUGCUUAAAUCCAAAGAUUUAUGUAUGUUGGUGAUAUUAGAGUUUCUGGACUCUGAGCUAUUUAAAACCAGUUAUAAACCAGAGAACAUAAAGCCCCAAGUCCUUAACUAAAUCUUUCCUAUUUUCUGCCAAAGGAAAAAAAAUAAAUAAAAGAAGAAAUACUGAGGAGUCAGUAAGGUUAAUCAAGUGCAAUAUCAAUUAUUUGCUAAUUAUUUCCUUAGAAUUAUCAUGAAAUACAUGAGUUUAUUUCAUGUAUUAAGAAACAAACAUCUUGCUCCAAAGACCGCAGUCUCACUGAGAGGAAAAAUCAUCCAUUUGUUUUAAUAGGGCAUCAAAAAUUUGCUUGAAAAGAGGCCAGACUGAAGACUUUAUACACCUUGAUCUCUCACAUUUCAUGUCUGUAGAGACAUUGUUCAGGCAAUUUCUUCACUAUCAUUCAACCUGUCUUACUAUGCCAGCUUCCACUGGCUUCCUGAAGGGUUACAUGUCUAUUUUUAAGAUGUUUGCUGGAAAAUGUUUCAAUUUUCUUUCCUCAGGGACCAACCAUCUUAUAACAAGAAUGUAUGUGUAGUUUCAGAAUAGAAGGUUCAGCAAUCUCAGAUUCUCUCCAGAGCGUUCUUUUCAGUCAUAGUUAUAAAAAAAUAAAUGUGUUCUCCCAUUGAGGUUGCACAUAGUAAAAAUCAUGAGAAAUCUGAUUUUCAUUGAAUAAACUUAGAAAAUGCAUCCAGAUACCUCCUGAAGACCAGAAAUGAGGGUCUUUAGAUAGUGGCUAGGGUUGUGUUCAGAAAGAACUGGGUCUAUCUUCAUAAUACUACUGGGUAUUCUGUGUGUGUGGCUUUCCCCCAUAAAAUAGUCAAGCUACCAAAUUACGGAGUGUUCUGGGUAGAUGUCCUCUGUCACUGUCAUUGAAACUAGACCACAAAUGCAGAAUGUACAAGUCCUUAAGAAAAGAAAAAAAAAUAAUAAUAAACUAAUUCUGUAACAGAAUUAGACCAAGAUUUCUCUUUCAUUUAUUGAGUUUGACCUUGGCAACAGCAAUGCUUCCAUAUCAGGUCAGUGGAAUAAUAAGAUGAUCAAGGCAUUAGAAGAUUGGUUGGGGUGAUGGGGCUCCUUGUGUGGAAAAAAAAGGGGCUGAAAAAAGGUGGUGGACCUGUGGGUGACUUUGGGCAGUCUUUAUAUUUCUCUUCCAGGAUCUUUGCCAUGUAGACCCCUUGUCCUUAGCCUGCCUCAUCCCACGACCCCCUACUGUCUCUUUUAAUCAAGUACCCCGUAAGUUCUCCCUUAUAUUACCCUACACAAAAUAAAAGUAUCUUCUUCCCUAGUUGAGAGUGUUUGUGCCACCACAGGAUGCUGGAGAAGAUGCAAAGACAGUGUUAGGUUUAAAUGCAAUUCAUUUGCCUACCUAUGGAAGAAACUGGGUCAACAAGGCAUGGAAGGGGAUUAUUAAUGAAGAUUCUUCUUUAUAUUGCUGGGUCUCAGUAUUAUAAUUGGACAACUAAUUCAAUGCUAUUCUGGAGAUAAAGGAUACACCUUAUUAUAUAAUUUCCCUGCAUACUUCAGCUCAUCCACUGCCAAAGGUAGGAGUUUGGAGGAAUAAAUAAGUAAAUAAAUAAAUAAAUCAAUAAAUCUUUCAGGUAUUUCUUUGUAGUGCUCUUUUUAAGAGAAAUAAUUGAAAUAAUUGUUUCAAUGCCUAAGUUCCCUAAACUUGUGCAAAUACAAAUCCUUUUUGAUGUUUGGCAAAACUAUCCCAGACAGACUGUGUGCUGUCUGUUGCAAACCUCAGUUUUUCCUAUCUCAUCACACUCCUUGCUUAGCAUAGUGGUAUGCAUUCCAGUCCUCAGGGUGAUAUCUUCUUGUAUUACAGCACUGAAACCCCUUUCCAAGUCUCCAUACUUGUUGCCUUUGCCUUGUGCAGAGAUGUCUCUGAAUUUUGAGGAUUAUUUUUCCCAGCCAUGAAGAGGGAAACUAAUUUUGAAGUAUGCUCUACUUCCAACUCUUCCCGUCUGAGUCAUUAACACCUAGCAGCACCCACGCUUCACUGGGGGAUGAGUGGAAGUGGGCAGUGAGGAAUGGACAUUUAGUGCCCCAGUGAUGAUAAAUGCUGUUAGAUAAUUUACCAGGAUUGAGUGUGCAGGUUUUCCAUACUCUUUCCUGUCAUGCUCUCCCUCUUUAAAGCAACUACAAGCUGUGGGCAUGUUUGGUACUGCUGCUAGGCUCCCUACAUCUCUUUCUGUGAUCAAAAAUCUAUGGGUUGGGGAGAUCAAUGCCACAUUCUAAAUGCAGAAGUCAAUACUGUUGGUCAAAACAAAACUAAAAAAGUGGCAGGGGGUUGGGAGGUAUACAGAAGAGGUGAAUCAGCCAGGCUUACGAGUGAACUGCCCAGGAACACCAAUGAUAUAAGCUAAUGGAGUAAAAUAAUAUCCAAAUCUUCACAUUGAUAGAACAGUCUAAGUGUGGAGGGAGCUGAAUGAGACAAAUCAGACCACCUAGCAAGGGGACUGUUUCAGAGUAGGGGGGAGGAGAGAUGAGGACUUUAUGAAUUAAUGAAACUCAUACAGAAAGUCAAAUGGAAAUUAAUAUUUUACCUGUGUUACCUGCUUUUGAAUUAUUUGCUGAAGAAAAAAUAUGGUUUACACUAGAAUUACAUUUCUAACUUGGAAGUAUUUCCUAUAAAUACUACCCAUUUUCAGCACGGGAAAUUUGCUUAAUAAUUUUUUUGGAAAAAAAAAAAAAAAGCUUAUGAAGACAGACUUGAUGUGCUUGAUUGAUGGUGCUUCACUUUAGAUAU